GUAGCAUGUGACAAGGCGUGUUCGUCUGCAGCGGCAGGGCCACUGUAGCAGGGCCAAGGCAGCGGCGUGCUUGGAUUGCUAGAAUUGGAGCUAUUUGUUACGCUUUAAUUUCCAUGGAAGCAAACUAGCAAAGUCUGUGGAGCAAGCGUAAGCUUUGCCUCUGCAUGGACCAACGCGCGCCGACUCGCACAUUUAAGGGUGCUUGUGGAAAAGACUCCUUGACACACUGAUGCUGACGCCUUCGACGCCCUCUGUUUACAUUAGUCACCCAAGAUAUACGCUAUCGCAUGCUUCGUUGUCGGGGCCACGAAUUCACAGCGAACAGAUAAGGUCGACCGGCAGUCAAAUUUGGAAGGAGAGAUUGACAGAAGGCCUGAAGACGGUCCGAAAUAUGGAGGCGCACGGUGUUUGCCAAGACGGAAUGCACGCCGCCGCCGAAACGGUCAGCGGUAAUUGUGGAGAGCCAUCUCGAAGCGUCACUCAUUACAUCGACGACCGCGUCCGUCAUAUCCGCGGUGUCCUCGCCCGUAGCGGCAUCAACUUCGACAGGGCCUGCACCGACGGUGCCAAUGGCGACUGCUGGCUGUCCGCAAGUUUGACUCCGUGGAACAAGCUCCUCGCACCGCUGUGCCUAGAGCUCAUCGAGUUGGAACCGUCGAAGCUUUGUCUUCGCUCCAUCAACGUCGAUGGCCGGAGCCAUCCUGGCGUGGACGCUCUGUACGACGGCGCGUACAUCUUCACGUGGCUGCCAAAGCAGCACGCGUGCGUACAAACAAUAUGUCUGGAAGAUAACGUCCUCUUCCAAAAGCCGGCGUACGCGCUCAAGCUCGCGCUUGGCGAGAGCGCCCGCUUGCGUCAUCUCAGGCUGAAAGGCGGCUACUCGACACCUUUCAGCGAGCGCGACCUGUCCGAGGGCAUGAAGGCGUUGACGGCCCUCGAGAGCUUCGAGUUCCGCAAGCUGGACAUCGCCUCCCACAAGCUCGCCAUUGACAUCGCGUUUCUUCUGCGCAGAAACGGGGACCACCUUGCCAAGGUAACUUUCGAGCGCAACAUAUUCUCGCAACGCAGCAUUUCCACCCUUCUCGCCGCGCUCGUCAAGUGCAAGGUCCUGGCCGAACUUUCGUUUGACCACAACGACAUGAACAAGGCCAAUAUCGCAGCGAUGGCCGUGGUAAUCCACUCCUGCAAGCACCUGAAGAAGCUCGCCCUUCGCUACAGCUUUGGCGGUGGAGGACACAUCGGCCCCAUCGCAGAGGCCCUGCAGUGCAAUGCGUCGAUCGUGGAGCUAAAGUUGCACGCGUGUCAGACAUCUUUGGCACCGCUCUUCAAAGUCUUGGAAACAAACACAACUAUGAGGCUAUUAGACCUGGACUCUUGCACGUUGUCCGCCGCCUCUACGACACCCCUUGCCGAAGCUCUACGCUGCAAUAAGGCCCUGCAGUCGGUAGCGCUGCAGCACUGCAGUGUGGUUGACAGUGGCGCCGUAGCGCUUGCCAGUGCAAUCGUUGAAAAUGUCGCGCUUGAAACGUUGGACCUGUUGCACAACAGGGUUAGCAUAGGAGGCGUCACAGCUUUCUGCCAGGCUCUGAGGAAGAAUCGCACUCUAAGGAGAGUCGCCAUUGGACCCUUUGGGGCUACAAAUCAGCAAAGGAGGGACUUGGCUCAUCUGCUGAACCAGUACGAGUGCUAUGGCCGCAUCACACUGUCAUGGGCCGACGUUGAUUUGGCACCUCUGACAAUAGCGUUGGCACUGGACUCUCAGUCUCCCCUGGAACUCGACCUUGGUGAAGCUUGCGAGCUCUCCAGCUCCCUAGUGUGCGCACUUUUUGAAACUCUUGCCAGCAACGCCGUGGUCAGGGUCUUAAGGUUUGAGGCACGGCACUAUGAACCUCUCAAGGCUGAAGCACUGUGCAAAGCGUUGAUCUCCAACCAGUCUAUCAAGAUACUGGAGUUGCAGAUGGGCAUCAAUUCGUUUGAAGGUUCCAUGCUUGUCGACGUAUCCAAAGCCCUGCUUGUAAACACUUCCGUGACUGAACUGAUCAUACACACACGUGAAAUUGGCCUUCGCGCUUCUAAGGCAUUUGCCAAAAUGCUGACACAGAACAGGACCCUGACGACGAUAGAGCUUUACUGCCGGCAUUUUGAAACAAAGCGACUGGAGAUGAUAUCUCGGGGAAUGAUAGAGAACAGGGUUGUCACGUCAUUCACGUUUGGCAACCCCUUGCCGAGAAAUCGUUCCACGUUCCGUCUUCACGAGGCUCUCAGGCGGAACAUGAUGCUGCUCAACAUGGCGGUGAAGUUUGUGAUGCAGACCAACGUGACAAAGUGCUGUGCCCGAGCGUUUGAGAUGCUGCACGGAACUUCUUCGUUGGUGUCGCAGAUCUCCAAGGUAUCUGGGAAGCCCGAACAAGACGUCAUGGCGGCAGUUGACGCGGCGGACAAAUACAUACAUUCGCAUUACCUGUACCUGACUGGAGUCGUCAGGUCUUCAGUGAAGUGUUACCCCAGCACGCAGACGCAGGCGGAUGCACUGAAUGAUUACUGCUGGCAAGCAAUUGCAGAGUUCCUCAAGGUUUCUGAUGUACUUGAUGAAUGACAAUCUCUUGGUGCUAUUCCACGUGCUUGGUCAAUUUAUACUGCUUUGUAUUUAUGCGUGCUAUUACUUCCGUAUGUAAAGUUGCCCAGCGAUUGUGAAAGUGCUCACUGAAAAGCCUUAUGCAAGGGACCUUUCAGUACGUUGUAUGAGUGCCAGUUCCUCAAGUUUGAGGAACAAGCAUAUUGCGAUGCUAUUAAAUUUGAAGUUAAAUGUUUUAAAUUUGAAAAACUUUUUUUCGAAUACUUUUUUUUUAGUCUGUCACCCUUUUUUAAAGCUGAACACGUACCUGAAAGCACUUGUUACAAAGCUUGUUAAUGUAAUGUAUAGUUCAGAACAGGCACUUUAUAAUUGUACUCUCCCGCCUGCACUUAUCUUGUCUGUAUGGUUACAUUUGGCUAUAAAAAGUUUUGCCAAAUGCUGUCAGUGUUCUCUGCAUGACGAGCCAUAGACUAUGGCUUGGCAGUGGUGACGUUCUGUUGUUUCUUAACGUCGGAUAUUAAGGCUCAAUUCCAAGUUGCAAUAACCCCAUUUCACUGAAGAUCUGGUGCAAAAGUAUUCUUGCGCACAAGCUUAGUUGCACUUCAAGAAGGGCGCUGUGGGACUCUACUCUAAUUGAGAGUCCUCUAGAAAGAUGCAUCUCGGAGCUUAGCCGUCAGUUUUGGACCUGAAUGAUCGUCAAAGAGAAGUACUGGGGCAGCCCGGUCAAGACUUCGUUCACUUGGUGUAUUGUGGAAACGUACUUUUGAAAUUUACUGUCGCUGAGCUCAAUGUGAGUUACAAAACGGGCAUACAUCCGUCAUUUUUUUUUACUGUGGACUAUAAGAACUAUGGCCACUUAACGCAAAUAGACAAAAAUAAGGGAAGAAUGGGACAAGGUGAGCUCUCUUAUGGUCUGUAGCAAAGUAUGAACCGACCAGCCCGGCAAUCGGCUAGCCUAGCAGAAUGUAUGUGCAACAGCCACUGUUACUUGAAUAUAUUGUGAAUAAACUUAAGAAACGUUUA